GUGUGUGUUUUUUAUUGAGCAAAAAUGCCUGUCGAUUGGAGCCUCACCAUAGUCUAUAUCAUUGUGGUCGUUAUCAUUUGCAUUUUAGUGCGUAUGUGUUGUGUGUGUUUUAAACAUAAGCCGAUUGUUGAUCGUCCGGUGCCCUUGUCACAGAAUCCGCGUAGGCGUGGCCCGCCCCGUGUGCUGCAACAAAUACGCAUUGAUCCACCUGGUGCCACCGAUGCAGAUCGUCAGAAUACUGCGGAGCUGGGACGGCAACACAAUAACUAUGCCGAUAUAUUCUACAUUGAGCCCAACAGUCCGGAGGCCGCUCGCAUACGUGAGCAGCUGGAGAAGGAUGAUAAAGAGUUGCCCAGCUAUGACGAAGUGAUGCGUAUGUGUAAUCUAACCUCGCCCACGGCAGCCGCGGCGCCGACAUCGGCGUUGCCAGCAGUAGCAGUAACUCCAAUGGACAGCGGCCCAAUUGGUAUUGCUGCUUUGCCAGCACCGCCAUAUUCGGAGCUUGAUCCGCACACAAGUCCUGUUGGAGCACCAGUUGCAAUCACGAUAAGCGCGUUGGAAACGGCACCAUCCACAUCGCGAGCUGCGCAAACACCCACGUAGUUAGAGCAAUGGUUGUUGGAGCUUUUAUGUGCCACUCUAGGGCACACAGGUGAUGAAGUUCACUUGUGUGCACCGCCAAAAUUCAGAAAUGAAAAUGUGUGAUUUUAAAAAUUAUACCUAAGAUUUAUAGCGUAGGUUUAAUAGUGCUUUGUAAAUAUUUAUACAUUUUAGGCGACAAUAAACUAAUGUAGAUAAAUU